CAAUUUCCGUGAUUUCGAGAUCGAGUACAAAAAAUGUCCGAUUCCGAGGAUGAGGAACGCGAUGAGCUCGCCGAGCUCCAAAAGUUGUCGCAAAAAGUGCCGCGUGGCAUGUUUGUCAGCGGAUGGGAUGACGAGAACGACCUCAUCGAAGUCGAACCAAAUCCGCACGAAACACUCGAAAAGGAGCUCUUGUGGGCCGCAACGGAAGACAAAAUUGAAAUCGUCGAGAAAAUUCUGAGCGAAAAUCCGCAUCUCGUGAACGUUUAUGACCGCGAUGGAUACACGGCGCUCCACAAAGCCUGUUACAACAACAAUUACGAGAUGGCGCUGCUACUGUUGUGCUAUAACGCCGAUAUCGAAGCAAAAACUGAGAUGAAAUGGACUCCUUUGCAUUCCGCCGCCAAAUGGAAUAAUGCGAAAAUGGUUGCGUUGCUGUUGCAACAUGGAGCGGAUAUUAAUGCCAUUUCCGAGGGAAAUCAAACGCCAUUGCAUGUGGCUACGACAGUGUCAAGUUGUCGUGAUACGCUCGUGGAAAUGUUUAUGCGGGACGAUUUGAAGCCGGAGCUGUUGAAUAGUAGUGACGAGACAGCGGGACAAAUUGCAAAACGAACGGGACCGUCAUUUUCCUUCUUUGAAAUGGUGCGACCAGGGCUGGAUCCGCAAAUUGGGGUGUUGGAGUGAAUUACAGAAAUAUCGAAAAAAAAAUCAAAAACAUUUUUUCAGACUUUUCGCUUCAAAAAAGAAAUUUUUCCAUUAAUCUAACUUUAAAUUCUCAUCAAGUACUUAGUUAAUAAAGAAUUUUUUAUAUUUAUUGAAAUUCUUCACUUGUUUCUG